CCAGUAUGUACAUCCUCCUCGUCAGUUUGGUAUGGUGGACGUACAACACGGUGCUUGUCAUCCUGGGCAUGGUUGUGGUGUGCAAGGUGGUGGCCACCCUCACCUCGCCCGCCACCCACACCAUUGCCUUCUUCCAUCCCUACGCAAACGCAGGUGGUGGCGGAGAGAGGGUGCUGUGGAAGGGUGUGGCGGCUGCCAUGGCCCGCUGGCCAUCCGCACGCAUCCUCAUCUACACCGGUAACGAGGGCAUCCCGCCAGAGGACAUCCUUGCCCGGGCCCGCAAUCGGUUUGCGGUGGAGCUGCCGCGGGAGCCGAUCUUUGUCUUUCUCGCCACCCGGACUGCUGUCGAGUCGCAUGCACUCCUCCGCCCCACCAUGCUCAUGCAGUCGCUCGGAUCCAUGGUUCUGGCUGGGGAGGCACUCUUCCGUGCUAGGGCACAUGUGGUCAUCGACUCGAUGGGCUACGCUUUUACUUAUCCUGUCUUUUCCUGGAUCGGAGGCGCUGUCGUCGGCGCCUAUGUUCACUACCCGACCAUCUCUACCGACAUGCUUGCCGCUGUCGUCGCUCAGCGGCCUUCGUACAACAACUCGUCGCUGGUUGCCUCCUCGGUCACCCUCUCGUCGGCCAAGGCCACCUACUACCGGGCUUUUGCCUGGCUCUAUGGCUUUAUGGGCCGCCGCGCCACCAUGGUCACCGUCAACUCUUCAUGGACCCACGGCCACAUCGCUGCGCUGUGGGGCAUGACCUCGCCGGCGCUCCGCACCGUCUUCCCGCCGUGCGACUGCGCCACCUUUCUGGAGCUCCCGCCGCCUGACGCUCCGUCGCGAUCGCUGGACAUCGUCUCGGUGGGCCAGUUCCGGCCCGAGAAGGACCACCUACUGCAGGUCCGCGCCUUUGCCCGCGCUCGCGCCACGCCAGGCUUCCCGGCCCAGGCCAAGCUUGUCCUCAUCGGCUCGGUUCGCAAUGCCGACGACGCUGCUCGCGUCGCCGCCCUCCACUCCCUGGCCGCCGAGCUCGACGUUGCCGACGCGGUUGACAUCCGGACCGACGUCGCCUUUCCCGAUCUUGUCGCUGCCCUCGGCGCCUCCACCGUCGGCCUCCACACCAUGUGGAACGAGCACUUUGGCAUCGCCGUAGUCGAGUAUAUGGCUGCCGGCCUCGUCACGCUUGCCCACGGCACCGGUGGCCCGCUCAUGGACAUUGUCGGCCCGCCGUCGGCCGGCCGCGGCUUCCUCGCCACUUCGCUCGACGAGUUUGCCGACCAGCUCGUCUACAUCUACGCGCACCUGCCCGAGGCCCGUGCUGUCGCUGCUGCCGGCCGCGCCUCGGUCAUGCGCUUUUCCGACGACGUUUUUGACGCUGCCUUUACCGACGCGCUCGCCCUGCUCGAGCCAGUCUCUGCCCCUUCGCCCUAGCCGAGCGGUGUUCUGCGCUACCGCGCGCCUCACAGUGAAAAGCAACGUCCAAC